CCAUAACAAACGCGUCACAGAGAACUUCGCAACAUCCGGGGUUUGGCGAGGAAAGAUUCUUGUAAAUAAAUAAAACAUCAGCCUUUUUAAAAAAUACUAAUCUAUACAAGUAAUUAACUUCAAGACAACAUGAACAAAUUACGAAGUACUCUAAUCGGUCUGUCUAGCAGUAAGAAGUCUUUGUAUUUUAAUGGUUAAGCUAAGUCUCUUUGUAGUUUUGUAGCUCACUUUUUUUUUUUUUUCGAUACAGCCUUGUCAAGUUGUUAUAUUUGUUACUAGACUCAUUAUUCUAUAGAUCUACUAAACAUAGAUUCGGAUAUAAAUCAGGUAGCCUAUUUCUUAAAUCCUCUUUAAUGAAACAAAACGAUGGAGUUUUUCGGUUUUACUAGCAGUUCAUCUAAUAUGGAGCCAAACUACGCUUUUCCCGAAACAAUAUUGAAGGGAUACAACACAGACAUAAUCAACAUGGUCCCGGUCCUGGACACAACUGUGGUAGACACAGACGGAGGCAUCAUCCAGCUGACAGCCUUGUCUCAGCUUUUCAGUGUUUCUAACAUAAGAUCACUUGGGGCGGAAUUCAGUCUCAUGGUGAAGAAAAUGCUUGAUGAACUGGUGAGUCUCUCCGAGAAACCUUUCCUACGGCAUGUCGUGGUGGGCCUCGUGACGGCUGCUAUAGUCUAUGGCACGUUGAAAGUAAAUGCUUCUUGGAAUGAAGAAAUUGGCCUUGAUACGAGCUUAAACUGUGCCACGACGGGAAUCAAUCCAGAUUUGACGACACGAGCCACAUCACACCACAGAGCACAAGCCAUGCCUCCGCCGAAAGCCAGGAAAACUGCUAACAUGCAAGUUGUUCUCAAAAGAAAACCACAAAAGGAAAGAACUGAGGUCAUCGGUGAUAUGAAACUGCCAGAAUACCUUCCCACAGACACUGAACUUAGGGCCCGCUCAGCAGAGGCUGCUAUUGGUAACGACGCCAAUGGCGUUGCCAUGGAAGCUAUCAUCAGUUCCACAGAACAAUUUCAGAGACAGCUUGGAGAAGCUCUCGGAAAGCUGGACGAAGUAAGGCUAAAGUUGAUUGAGUUAGAGAACGACAAGAAUCUUCUCUUAGCUGAGAUUGACUUGAGGAAGAAGAUCAUUUAUCGCUUACAGAAUGAGAACACUUCAGAAAGAGACAAAAGACAGCAGGCAGAGUUGAAGAUGGAAAUGAUGGAGAUAGAGAACAAUCAAUUACGUCAACUCAGAAAGGAAUUACUUUUAAAAACAAGUCAAGUCGAAAGACUGGAGAAGUUUUUAAGAGAAAAGGAAGAACAGCAAGAGAGACUGUUUGACGAGAAUGUUGUUCUACCAAGAAGUGUUGCCACAGUCCGAGCUAAAGAGUUUGGUGAAUUACAGAACCGUGUAGAGAGACUAGAGUCGGAACUGACUUUAGCAGCAAUUAACACUAACUCCAGGAGUCAAAUUCCUCCUGGCGACGGUCCAAGUGUAGAAACGUUAAGAAAUAAAAAUGUGUGCUCUCAUGCCACUAGCACGAGCACAGUGUGUAAGGCUGAACCGGAGAUAACGAGCAGCAUAUCGCGAAAUACGUUUAGCAAGGCCAACAAAUACACUUUAUCCUUCGAUAACAGACACACACAAAUUGAACGAAAUAACGAAGAACUUGAAAAAACACACCCAAAAGUCCAGUCUGCAGAAGCGCCCACGGAACUGUGUCCCAUUAGUGAAGUUAGUCAUUCUAAUAGGAGCCAAAACAGCAAAGGGGUCAUUGCUCAGCUGAGAGCUUUUAUAACGGGCGCCAACGGAAGCGGCAGUGAGUCCGAAGUUGAAACCACGCGCGUGGAAGAGGAGUUGUACCAGCCUUCCGAUGGACAGAGCAGCGUCUUCAUGUCAGCAUCGUGCGGAUCGGAUUCAUCUGAAACCGAAGUGACAGUUGUGUCAAAUAAAGCCACGUACCGGAAGUCCCAACAGAGAACAAACCCGAACAAGAGAUUUACCAAACACAAGCGUAAGACUGCGAGUGAGAAAGAUGUUAACGUCUCUAAAUGUCAACAUGGAAGCCAGGAUACUUUGAACGACCAGAAUGGAUCACUUUCCAAUGCAGUGGCCAGUUGCUGCAGUGAGACUAACUCUCAGUCCACAUCUUGUUCCCGCUCCAAUUCACUCCUAAGCAACGGGUCAUCGAAGAAAGAGAACAAAGACAACCCGGAGGCUGCUAACACUUGUAGCUCUGAAGAGCCUGGAACGGAAAGUGAAGAUUCUUGGAUAGUUAUAAUGCCUACUGUGGGAUAAUAUUUAUGUGUAUUUAUUUUUAUUUACAAAAAAAAAAAAAAAAAAAUGGCUACUUUAAAUUACAAAUUAAAAACUUUAUCAAUAGGUUUC